GAUUCCUCGAGGAACCAAACCCACCACAGUUUUCAGCUGAGCGACCUUCAUGAAGGAACCAACUACAACUGUACGAUCGCUGCUAAGCAGGUGGAUGCCGUAAGAAAACUCUUCAAGAUUCAUGUCAACGGCUCUCAGAAAACAGAUAGCUCUCUGUCCUUUGCUGUGGUGUUAGCUCUGUGUCUGCCUGCGGCAGCCAUAUUUGGAGUCCUGCUGGCUGCUUUAUUGUGUUGGAGGUCAAAGACGCACAGGAAGCAAGUGGAUGUAAACCCAGAAAUUCUCCCCUUCCAUGAAGAGAACAAGACCCAAAAGGAAGUGGUGUUGUGGGCUGGGGACGCGCCGACCCCUCCCCGCCUUCUGAUCUGCUACAGUGGCCAUGAUGGCCCUGCUCAUGUAAAAGCUGUCAUGCAGUUGGGCGCCUUCGUACAGCAGCACAUGGCAACCAAGGUGUGCCUGGACCUUUGGGACUCUCUGGGCGUGGCGGAGGAGGGCGGAAUGGCCUGGUACUGUCGGCAGAUCCGGGAGAGCGACUUCGUCCUGGUGAUCUGCUCUCCGGGACUCAGGCAGAGCCGUGACCCAGAGGCGACCCGAGACGACAAGUCGGACUUGACGGCAAAUGCCUGCAGCUCUGAAGCCAUCAUCCGGCUGAUUGGAGAAGAGCUGGGCCGAGCCAAAGCCCGGGGAGAAGACCUGUCUAAGUACAUGGCGGCCGUCUUCAAGUACAGCCAGGAGACGGACAUCCCCACCGAGCUGAGGCUGGCCUCUCACUACUCGUUGCCCCGCGACUUUCCGCUGCUCUUCUCUCACCUCCACGGCGUGGCCCUGCACAGACCGGGCGCUUACCUGAAGAUCAACAACAUCACGGAGGAAGGGUUUGCUCGCGUCCCGGCAGGAGCUGCUCUGCAGCUGGCUAUCCAGGAGGCGGGGAUGGCGCUGAGCGGGAAACAGCGGCACGUGGAGGACGGCCAGGACUGCAGGAGAGUGCAUGCUUAAAGCACCAGACACAACUGGGGGGGAGAGAUUAAGAUCUUGUUUUUGCAGUACAUAUCUUUCUGUAGGGGCUGGAAAUUCACACCGGAUGUCAGCGACGACCCAAGUUAUCCACACAAACUAGGGACUUGACCUGCCAGUAUUUCUGGUGUCGGGGUGCCGUUCGUCCCAACAUGGUGUCUGCCAUGACACCCGUGGAGUUCAACUCUGGUCUCAUUUGACCAGAUUAUACUUUCCAUUUCAUUUACCCGUCCAAAUAUUCAGCAGCAAACUUAAACUCAUUUCUUUUUCUUCGGCAGUGGAGUCUUGUGCAGUGGAUUACCUAUGGCUUUGCUGGAAAUACUGUCUGUGAAUCGCGCUUGGCUCUUUUAGAGCUCUUCUUUUGACUCUUCUGUCAGAAACCGUCCAAAGGCCACUGGGUCGUGACUGAAUUGUGGGGAAAUUAUCCAUCCAUCCAUUUUCCAUCAUGCUUGUCCCUCAUUGGGUCGCGAGGGUUGCUGGUACCUCUUUCCAGCAUCCAAUGGGCGAGAGGCGGGGUACACCCUGAACAGGUCGCCAGUCUAUCUCAGUGGAGAAAUUAUGCUCUUUCCAAUUGAGGAUUUUGGCCCCACCAUUCAGAAGCGUGGAAAUGUUUCUAGAACCAACCCCUUAGAGUGAUUUUUUUUUUUUUUUUUGCAACAGUCAAUUUGUGAUGGUUUCUUGAGAGAGCUCUUUGAAUUUACCCAUAAAUGUACACUGAUGUGGAGCAAAUUGCGACAGAUUCUGCAUGGUUACUUGGCUUUUUCUGCCUUUUUGCAGCUUGUCCCCCCCCCCCCCCCACCCAUGUGUUCAGUACUUGUUCCCUUCGUCGUUCCAGUUUAUUAAGCCACACAUAACUCAAUAUUUGAUUCCCUGGGGCGUGUGGAUCACUUUGGUUUAUGAUGAUAUGCGGAAGGAUUUUCAUGUCAAGAGCCAUACUUCUUUCCGAACUGUAACCACUUUGCGUACAUCAUGCUGCAGUAGUAACGGGCCGGGCCUCAGACACAACUUUGCACUAUGAAUUAUGACUUUAUGCAUGCAGUAAUAUACAUAAAUAUAAGUACUUAAGUAGGUAAUGUCUUGUAAAAUGCUGCUACCACUUUAAACACUUUGAAAAUAAGCACUAUGUAUCUAAAGUUACUUUCAAGAAUGACAGUUAUAUGUUGUUUUAAAAUACAGUACAUAUAUUAUAAAUAUGUGUUUACACCUAUUUAUCCUUGUGCCUAUCUGAAAUUGUCCAAAUAUUUUGAGUUGAAUGGAAGGUUUAUCUAUCUAUCUAUCUAUCUAUCUAUCUAUCUAUCUAUCUAUCUAUCUAUCUAUCUAUCUAUCUAUCUAUCUAUC